GGAAAGACUCGCCGCUGCCAUGGUAACGACAGACGCUGCGCUGGGGUCGGCUCCCGGGGAGCGCAGCAGCCGCUGGAAACCGCCAGGUGAGCAGUAGAUAUGGAUCUAGACAGCGUUUCCUCAUUCUCUUCUCUGCAAGCUCUUGCUAAACUGCUUGCUGACCAUCAGGAAGAAGACAGUGAUGACAGUGACUUCGGGUCACGUUCUUCUUCUGUUAGCACUGUGGGGCCUGGGAAUAUCGGACCAGCAAAGAAAGCAGAGCCCACAGUCACCCCUGAUGUGAAGUCUGGAAAUAGUAAAGAUAUCUGGAAUACAGAAGAGGUGCCAGAAGGAUCAGAGUUUGAUGAUAUCUGGGAUCCAAGGGAACAGCCAGAGUAUGAGAUUUUAUUCAAGCAGCAGGUAGGAGCGGAGGACAUCUUCCUGGGGAUGAGCAGAAAGAACCCUUCCACAGCCUGUUGCGAGGACAUGCUGAUUAAAAUCAAACUGCCAGAUACAAAGUCCUCAGACGUUACACUUGACAUUCAGGACAAGAUUCUUGACCUUCGAACCCCAAAAAAGAAGCUGCUACUGCAUCUCCCCCACCCUGUGGACAGCAAGAAUGGCAAAGCUUGCUUCAUUUCAGAAAAGGAGACCCUGGAAGUCACCUUGAGGAUGAAAAGAGAGUUUGACUUCAUCAACUUUGCCUGAGGGAAAUGGGGAAUAUUUUCAAACAGUGAUCUAUAAGGCUACCUGAUUGAUAGCCAAACGUUGGCCUGUUCCCCUUGGGAAUGGUUCAGGAAGGAUCGAUCCUUCCACUGCAGUUCCUGGUUGUGCUGUUAGGCAGUGUGAUGAACCACCCCUUAUAUCUGUUGGAGGUGAAUAGGAAUCAGAGGUGUCUGAGCAAGUAUAGUAUAGUAUUUCUAUCUCUGUGCAAUUCUGUCUCUGAGCUUGGGAUCCCAGCCUUACCAUAUAAAUUCUCAGAACCUCUGAAUUUUCUCUGAACUCAUCUUGGUGUGUGAGUGUGACCCAGAACACCAGCUGUAAUAGCCAAUGGAACAGGACUGCGAGACACUUUUUCUGCCUCUUAGAUAAAAUUCUGCAGAGAUCAUAGAUGGAGAUGAUCCCAUCUUUAGCCUCUCCUGGAACUCUACUGUUUGUUGUACGGGGUUCCCAGGUUAAACUUGAUCUUCUCCUGUUAAAUAGCACUCAUCGUUGCAUAUCUCAGAAAGGAGAUGCCCAUGAGUAUGUGUUCUGGAAUAGCAGCCAUGGAUCUGAUCCAAAACCCAUUGAAGUCAAUGGAAACACUCCUAUUGACUUCACUGAGCUUUGGAUUAGGCCUUAGAUGGUGGUGCAUCACUUGGUCCAGAGGGCAGGACCAAGACCAGAAAUAUAUAUUUGGUUUGAAUUAUUUGUCACUGAGUUGCUGCUGUUAAUGUGAUGCUAUAGUCUACACUCUAUGAAUAAUUAAAAUGUUACUCCUACUCUAACUAAAAUGCUUGCAUUGAUACCUUUUUGGGGAGAUCGGGCCCUGAAACCAAAACAUAUAAUGACUGGGAAAAAAUGGGACAAACUUACUCAGUAAUGGGACAAACUUACUUGGUCAGUUUGGUUUCCAAAUCAUGUAAAGCGCCAUCAUACCGAGGUUCAGUUUUAAUUUAUAGAUAGGUUGAUUCAUUAUAACAGUGUGCAUAUUUGUAAAGUACCAUUACAUUUAAAAAUGUAAGUAAUUUCAAUAAACAGAUUUGAAAUAUGCAUAAAGAUAUAAAAAAUACUGAGGAAAGUCAUGCAGUUGGCAUUAAUGCAUUUAAUUUGGGAGUAUUUUGAUGAGAACGGGACUGAAAAUACUCCACCGGGUAAGAUACAGUAUACAUUCUAUGUCUCAGAUUUAGAAGGCCUCUUCAUAGCAUCUGUUCCAAAUAGGAAAACUGGCCAAUCUGCAGUAUUUAAAUAUAUAUUUUCACGUAUACUAUAUGUGCAAAAAUGUCAUUAUUUAUAGAACAAAUACACGGAAAAUAUAUGGUGUCUUUAUGGCUGAUGCCACGUUGUAAACCCUCAGUUAUUCUAUUCCUCCACUUAGGCCAGGAAUGGAGAUGAAGAUGGAAUGGUGGUGUUAAACCAUCUGUGCUUCCUGUGUUCUGGGGCUUUGCAAGGGGCCUACCUGAUGCCCAGGCAAGCUAGAGCAGCCUCGGGGCUCCUCUAAUUUAAAGUCUGCUUACCAUGGUCCACGAGAAUCUGAGAAGAGUUGAUUAUAAAUU